AUGUCCAAUCCGUCCUUUGAAAUAGAAAAUCCGGAAGUGGCCUCCCGUUGCUUUCUCCACGCUCUGUGGAGAAAUAACCGCUUCUUGAGUAGAGGGCUUAAUCAGCGUGAGCUUCGCAUGAUGAAUUACAUGGACUACCUCACGGAUCUGCCAGACUGGGAAGACUUAGUCUUUGAAGAGUCAUAUAUCACCAAAUGGAAGGAGGAAGUGGAGAAUCUCAAUUUCGACAAUGAAGGGCUUGGGGAUGUGUAUAUGUCAGACCAAAUGUUUGAGGCAUGCGUCGAGGAACUUCGCGAUAAGGCAGAACUUGCCAAGAAGACAGGCUUCGUAAAUGUACUCGAUGCCGAGGUCGCUGUCACCAAGUCAGAUACGGCCAUCCCGGAAUCACUAACGGAUGCUCUGAUAACUGCAAUCAAACCAUUAGAAGAUAUUCCCGAAAAAUACAAAGACUGGUACCCUGAAUCGGAUAAUAUGGUACUAGAACUCGUAGACCCCUGUUUAUACCCUAUUGAUUUCCUCGAUACCCGCAUAUUGCGUCGUGGCAAAGUUCCGCUCCAAGGCUGUUCCUCAAUCAUUUGCGAGGGCGAUGACAAUGCCUAUUGGGAGAGAGAGAUUCUCCAUGGGGGGCCUAUCAUCUGGGCACCAUAUCAGUAUCUACCUAGUGAUAUCUCGUGGGUCGAUAACAAACCCAAGAUAACGACUUACAUCAAUAAUCUGCAUCCAGAGUAUCAUAGUGACCUGUAUAAGGUUUUCGAAGAGGUGAUUGAUGCGACAGUACCACUCUGGGAAGAGUGCCUGUUUCGAAGACGGGACGUUUUCUCACCGCGGAUCGACCUCUGUUCCGAAGGUGAUAAAGACUUUUACAUACCUGAAGGCGUCCAAUACUCUCCACCGGAUGAGAAUAUAAACGUAGGUGAUGAAAUCGAAACGUACAGAAAUACAAUUCUGUAUCAAGACUGGUUCGAUGACCACAAAAUUCUCAGAUGGCCUGAACCCAGGGCAAACUGUCCCCGCCAGAGGAGGCCAGAUUCUAAACCAAAUCUCAAAAAAGACUUCCCCUCCGGUGUUCAGAUAAUAUUCAAGCUCACCAACAUCCAUCUGACCCCAGAGAAGCCUGUUUACAGUGGCAAAGGGUGGCUUGUAGAGGGUGCUCUAAACGACCGCAUAGUAGCGACUGCGCUGUACUAUUACGAGGACGAGAACAUUAUGGACAGCAAGGUCUCAUUCAGACAAGCCCUUGACAGCGAGAGCAUACGUAUUAUUCCGCCAUCUAACCAAUACGAAUCUCUAGAACGCUACCUUGGGGUCAUGUCUGAUGAGGAACCUUUCCAAAAACUUGGGGAUGUGCUAACACCUGAAGGACGUCUACUAGCGUUCCCUAACGUAUUCCAACACAAAAUGAAGCCCUUAGAGCUAAGAGACCCCACGAAGCCAGGUUAUCAAAAAAUCCUUACUAUGUUCCUGGUCGAACCCUCUCUCCCCGUGUUAUCAACAGCGGUAGUCCCUCCGCAGCAGAGAGAUUGGUGGGUGUCUGAGGUGCGCAAGAUACGGCCUUUUUGUAGCCUUCCAAUGGAGGUCUUUUACAUCAUUACAAGCUUCGUUGUUGGCCAUCCGAUGGAUUUGGAGUAUGCUCGCGCCACGAGGAUAAGUAUUAUAUAUGAUCGUCAAUGGACGAAUUUCGACUGGGAAAUGGAAAUAGGCCAGGAUACAUUCGAUUUCCAAGAACACCAUCGAACACAAGAGCCUGGUGAUGUCGGGCUUGAAUAA